AGCAAUUUGGAAAGAUUAUUUUAUGGUUUAGAAAUGACGUCAGAUCUCGACAAGCGGCGAAUAAAUUUGCAAGAAAACUAAAUAUUCAAAGAUGCCAUUUUGUAAGGUAUGCAAAUAUAUAACCAUGUACCAGACUAAGUGUGUUUUGGUUCCCACAAUGCUAAAGAGUGCUCGAUACCGUAAAGAUAGAGCAGCAGCGAUCGAAAUUUACGCUAUUCUGCUUACUCAAGCUGAAACAAUGUUUGGAAAAUGUGGGAGAGGAGUUGUUGCAUGUAUGUAUUCUAUUUUGCUGCAUUAAAUUUAACUUUGCUACUAUUUAAAACACGAGCAGCACUGUUUUAUCAGAUAUAUAAAGUCACUCCACGUGACAUAUUAUGGCUGACAUGAUUUGCCAGAAGGUUUAUGAAUUAUUAAUGAGUAUUUUAAAGACUGUUAACGCAUAAGUAAACCCUGAUAGCAAAAGAAGUGUUUACUACUUGUAUUUUUUUCACAAAUUUAUUUGGAUUUACAGUAUGUUAUACAAUAUUUUGUACAAAUAUUAGAAUAUAUAGCAGAACAAAUAUUUACCCAAAAAGGCAUGGCUUGUACAAACCGGACUCUUCGACAAGGACCCCAUGACUAUGCUAAUGAAAAAAACGCAAAAAUGUCCCGGCAAAAUGACAGACUGUGAUGGAAAACUGGUCACCAAUUCAAAAUUGUAUUGUAGUGAAAUGCAAAAACUUGCCUGUUCUCCACCUUGACAUUAAGGCAAACACAAUGUUUGUUUUGAUUAUAUGUCUGUAUUUCAUUCUAUGUUGUUCCUAGAAUGAAAACCAGUGGACCAGCAAGUGCUUUGGAUGCUUUGAGGAGAGUAAGUCAAUUUGACAUGUAAUGUACUAGUAUGUUGAUUUUACAUACGGUGUAACCAUAAUAUCAGACAUACUGAAAAGGUACGUUUGAGAAGAUGUUUUGAAUCUUCUUAUUUACCAUCGAAAUUUCUUAUUUCGAUGGUGAAUACAAAAACAAAUGUAUUUUUUCACGGUGAUACAGUAUAUUGGAUUGUAUUUAUAUACUGUAUCACCAUGCUAUGAAGUUUUUUAGCGGACAUAAUAUCUGAAAUGUAUCAAUCGAGUUCAUGCGCUAUAAAUUGAUGUUAUGUACUAUACAUUGAUGUUAUGUGCAAAUAGAUCAAUGUCAUAAACCGAUACAACCAAAAGAUAAACCGAUACAACCAAAAGAUAAACCGAUACAACUAAAAGAUGAGGAAACGGAAGUAAAUGCAAAUAAAAGAUGAGAAAACGGAAGUAAAACAACUAAAAGAUGAGGAAGUGGAAGUAAAUUGGAAAAACGGAAGUAGAGCGACUCGGCAAAAUCGUGCGUGCCAAGUGGCGCCAAGCUAGUGAAUACAUAUUGAAAAACAUGGCAGAAGAGAGACAGGGCAGAAUAUCAAAUGUUCAGGAUUUUGUUCAGAUGUUUAAGAUUUUAAGCGCGGUGACCAAUUUACAGCAUUCUUCGCAAACACGUGAGUAAUAAUAAUAAUAAAUAAUAAAUAAUAAUAAACUUUAUUAAAGUGUCUAUACAUUAUUUAGCAAUAGUAGCUAAUUCGGGACACUAUAUUUAUCUAUAAUAUCAUGCAGUACUAUAAUCUACUUUAUAAAUAUAUAUGUAAAGAUAAUAAGUGCUAAGUGCUGCAUAAAAUGCAGCAAUUACAGUUAUUGUCCAGCAUACUUUCAAUGUCUAAUUUGCGAAUCAUGUUCUUGAAUAUCGCAAUGCUGGAUGAGCUUUUAAUAUCGCUAUGCAACUUUGACCAUAGUACUGAGCCAAAGUAACGUAGCGAAUAGAUGACUUGUUAAUUUAGCUGAGCAUGGAAUAAGAUUACACAGUCGCAUUAGAACCCCGAACGCAGUAUCACAAGAGUUCAGUGCAGCAGUUCACAUCGUUACCCGAAGAACUGAAUUCUCGUUUCCGAAUACCACGAACUAAGAAUUUGUUUGUACCAAAUAAUGCGUCUGUGUAUAAAUAAUGUGUGUAUGAUUCGGUGAUUCGUAUAGGUAAUCAUGCGAUGGCGAGUACAAUUAGGGAUUAAUAGUACGAGUGAUGUUUGGAAAUUUUGCCAAAAUUGGACGAGCCGCCGGGACGAGUCCAAUUUGGCAAAUUUCCAAACAUCACGAGUACUAUAGCAACAUCGCAUGAUUACUUGUUUAUUAUUAGUAUGACAAAAUUGGAUACUUAUCAAUGUCAACAUCAUAUUCUCUCGCCAAAGUCCAGUCCUGCCAGACUUUCAACCAAAAUUUGGUGCUUUUGUUCAUAUGUUCAUUUAGUUCUUUGUUGAAGCAAAAUGUGUCCUCUAGGGCAAUUUCAGUUCACGUUUGUGUGUUAAAAUACCUUUCCGCCAUUUUGUUUGUUUUGGGAAAAUCGUUAAUUGUACUGCAGUACAAUUAAUGAAAUAAUUGUACUCCUCUCAACCAAUCAGCAUCCAGUAAUUUUGUAAUGCUAAUAAUAAUUAUUGUUAAAACACUCAAACUUUUAUUUGUAUUUACUUCCGUUUCCUCAUCUUUUAGUUGUAUCGGUUUAUCUUUUGGUUGUAUCGGUUUAUCUUUUAGUUGUAUCGGUUUAUGACAUUGAUGUAUUUGCACAUAACAUCAAUGUAUAGCACAUAACAUCAAUUUAUAGCGCAUAAACUCGAAUGAUACAUUGCAGAUAUUUUCUCCGCUAAAAAAAGCUUCAUACCAUGCAAAGAUGCAAAGUAUUUAUGUUUAUAUUAAUAAUAGUUUGCUAAAUUUCAGGGUUGUGAUCUCAAAUUGAUGCUUUCUGAAGCUCAAGCUGCAAGUCAUAAACAAAUUGUUACAUUUCAACAGGUAUAUGUAUGAGCCAAUAUUAGGCUGCAUUCAGACUGAGUGUCCGGCACUGGUGCCCAACGUUCAAAAUGGUUCACAAAACAUGUUGGGCACAGUGCCGUUGUUGAGUACUGCCUCUUGAGGUAGUGCCCAUUCUUGGGCACUGUGCCCAAUUUCAUUUGGAAGCAUCAUGUUCAAACUAGGUACCAAAACAAGUGACGGGCACCCAGUCUGGACGCAGCCUAAUACUCACAGCUGCUCCUGGUUAGAUCUAACAAUGUAUAAAAUUUACACUCGAAAUUUCCGCCUACAAAAACCUUUCGACCCAAUAUUUCUACACAUUAUAGAGUGGGCUAUACCGUAUGCAUGUAAAUUGUAGGAUGGGCUUCACCCGGACGACAGAGGACGACGUGGCUGGGCGUUCAUGAUAUAAAAACUGAACCCCAGUUAAAACCUUUAGCAAAAUUGUUUUUAUUUUUACAUUCUAGUUACGUGAUGAGGUCUACAAUGAACUAUGUAAUGUCGAUCAGGUUGCGGGAAUCAAGGUAAGGCUAAAAUUUGUAGAAAUAGAGACGUACUACAAAAUUACAUUUGUCCCGUUUCAAGUUGCCGAACAAAGUUACCGCAUUUUAAGUUGCGGGAUUUACAGCACCUGAUAAUCUGCACAUAUAUAUACUGUACAUUUUACAUGGCUACAGAGUUGCAAAACCUGUUCAAAUUUCCUCCGGGUAAAAUUUAAAGUUUUCAAACCUUCCUCAAAAUAAAUUAAAUAAAUACUAAAAUAUGGCUUCAUCAAAUAGCAAUAUACUAGUUAGAAUAUAUAAACUUAACUGAUUCUUAAAGCAUAAAAUUCAAAAGAGAUGUGUCGUUAAAUGCAGUACAUGAUUCUAAUAUAUAAUUUGCCAUAAUAGAUUUAUACUUUGGACAAAUUGGACAGUCCUUACCUACUACGUCUACAUCCUAUAUGAUAGAUUGAAUAUAAAAAAAAUAUAAAAAAAUAAAGUCAUGGACUCAAGAUAAUCUUUAAGGUGGUCAUACCCCUUCUAGAACUGAUUUUUAAAGAAAAAUUGAAAAAAAAAAUUUUAUGUUUUUAAGGUACUUUAACUACUGUAGUUUAUGAUAACAUUGCUCAUUUUAUGAAAUAUUUCGUUUAUCCGGGCGAAAAAAGCAAAAAAUUGAUAUUAUUUUGAAAUAAUCUCCUUAGCAACGAGUUUUCAAGCCAAAUUUGCAUGAAAUACUGCCACAAAACGAGUUCUAUUUCAGUUCUACUUUUGAUGUAUGUUAUUUAGGACUUUCAUCUAGCUUUAUUGUGAUUGGUCUAUUUGGGAGGGGUGGUCGCAUAGCUAUGAAAAGUAAUUUUGUGAGCAGUCUAAAAAUAUUUACAACAGCGUGUCAAUUCUCUUCAAUAAUCUUCGUUAUUUUACAUCUUAUUGAUUCGAAAAGUAGCAUUUUCUGGUUGAUUAGUACUAUCAAUCUCUUAGUGUUAUUAUAUCAAUGGGAAAUAAUCGUAAUAGAAAAAGAAAAAGGGCCAGAAUUCCACCCUCAAAAGCAGCGAAAAAAUUUAAAGAUGGCGGUCCCAAUGAUGAGAUCUCUGGACCUUCUGGAGCUAAAAUAGGUGACCAAAGUGCAAAUUUUGGAGCUUCCACUGAGAAAAUUAACACAGAGAAGACUGCAGGUACAAUAUUUAUGGACUUGUCUGUUCUAUUUGGUGUUUUCGAUGACAUUUUAAAAUGCCCUGAAUGUGGUGGCAACAUGAGUUCCCAUGUUGACAUGAAGAAAAAGAAUGGCUUUUCCAAUUAUGUUGUUUUGGAAUGUCAAAAUUUGGAAUGUGAGUGGAAGUACUGUUUCAAUACAUCGAAGAAACAAGGACAUUCCUUUGAAAUUAAUGUUAGAGCAGUACUGGCUUUCAGAGAAAUUGGUAGAGGCCACACUGCCAUGACAACAUUCACCAAAAUUUUGAAUAUGCCUUCACCGCCAACUCGCCGCAACUUUACUAAGAUUCAAAAUAAGAAACUUUUACCAAUCGUCAAACAAUUGGCAAAUGACAGCAUGAACACUAGUGCAAUGGAGGUCAAAGAGAGGAGUGGAAGUGACGAAGGAGAAUGUGGUAUAUCUCUGGAUGGCAGUUGGCAGAAGAGAGGUCACUCAUCGCACAAUGGCGUGGUGACUGCUAUAUCGUUGGACACCAAGAAAUGUGUUGAUGUUGAAGUAAUGUCUGACAAGUGUCAACAAUGUCAAAAAUGGCAAAAGAAGGUGAAUGAGCCGGGAUAUGAAGAGUGGAAGGCAAAUCAUCACUGCAAGAUCAACCACACAGGAAGUGCAAACAGCAUGGAAACGGUUGGUGCUGUGAGGAUUUUUGAACGGUCCUAUGUUGAACGGGGACUUAAAUACAAGGACAUGCUAGGGGAUGGUGAUUCUGCCACAUACAGCACUAUUGUUGAUAGCAAGCCUUAUGGGGAUGAGUGUGUGCCAAAGAAAUUGGAGUGCAUCGGACAUGUCCAAAAGCGAGUCGGUAGCAGGUUACGGAGGUUGAAGAAUACCUAUAAAGGCACAAAGCUGAGUGAUGGGAAAGGUUUGGCAGGUAAAGGAAGGCUAACAGAUGGUAAAAUAGACGUUUUACAGAACUAUUAUGGUCUGGCAGUAAGAGAGAAUUUGGAUGAUGUUGCCAAAAUGGCCAAAGCCAUCAAGGCAACUCUUUACCAUGUUGCGUCAUCUGAUGAAAAACCACAACAUCAUCUCUGCCCUGAUGGAGAGGACAGUUGGUGUGGGUACAAGAGAGAUCAAGAGUCCUACAAACACAAGAAUGGCAUUCCAGGGUGCAUUGUAAAAUUAAUUGAACCAAUAUUUGAUGACCUAAGUAAGCCUGACCUGUUGCAAAAGUGUACGCAUGGCUUGACGCAGAAUGUUAAUGAGUGUUUGAAUGGUAUGAUUUGGGACAGAUGCCCCAAAACAACCUAUGUGGAGCAAGAAACUGUAGCCCUGGCUACUUAUUUGGCUGUCCUCAAAUUCAACGAUGGAGAUAUAUCCUUCCUGAAAAUAUUUGAGGACUUGGACAUUACUCCGGGUGUCUUUACUUGUAAAGGCGCCCAAGAUUGCGACACCACCCGGAUCAAACUGUCGGCCAAAAAGUGCAAAGAUAAUGUCAAGAUCAGAAGAAAAACAUUGAGGCACCUCAGGAAGAGCUAUAUAGACUCAACUGAGGCAAAUGAAGGCAUAACAUACGAAGCAGGUAGCUUCUGAACCUUUUCAAGACAAACCAACAUGAAAGGAAACUUUAACAUUACAUUUUCCUUAUUUGGUGAUUUUCUAAUCACGAGUAAUCUUUGUGACAUCAUAACUUUUUUAAUAUUUGAAGUAGAAGGUUGAUACUUGGUAUACUUAUUGUAUAUACCUUUAGCUAGUGCCUGACACUCUUCAAAUGUCAAUAUUUUUUAUUAUGAGUAAUUUCUGGCAUAUUUUCCUACUAAUUAGCAAUUAAAAAUUCAAAAUAUUGGCUAAAAUUUACAUUUUAUCACAGAAUAUUUUUAAACAUGAUGUUACAUCAAAAUAAAGAGUGUCAGGCACUAGCUCAUGUUGUAAGCUUUCUAAGAAUAUAUCAUUUGUGGCAUUACAAUGGUUUUUGCUCAAGUUAUGAUGUUCAGCGCGCAGUGGUAUUUUCACUAAUUUGACAGCGGCCAUAUUGGCUAAUUAGCCUAAUUAAUGAGUUUGAAAAAAAUUUUUCAUACCAACCAGUUUCCCUUGCCAUGCCCUUUCAAAAAAUGGUAAUAUUUAUUUCCUGGCAUGCAAAUUAAAAAAAAGUUGUCGAAAGGGUAAUGUACAGAACAUCAUUGGCUAUAGAGUAGGCGAUAGAAUCUCGUUUUCAAGUACAUGAUGUAAACCCUAGCAUCUCAACCAUGAAAACAUGGCUCUGUAGCCAAGACGAUGUACUUUCUGGAAGCAUGUAUUCUACUCACCACCACACAAUAACUUAUACCAAAAUAAAUAUUGAGAGGGAUUAAAAGUACAAUACCAGAUUUACUAUUUGUUGGCUACAUUAAUUUUUACAUAGAAAUUUAAUUCUAUUACUAAUGUUAAAGGUUUCAAUGGAUACUGCUGCAACUGGUAAUGCCUCACUAACCAAAAUGAGUACUGCUUCAGUAAAACAAAUUAGGCUAUGUGAGUUGUUGCCAUUGGAAGUAAAUAACUCAGCUACUAUUCCUGUUGGCUAUGGAACCUAUGGGGAUUGUUUUCUUAAAACGUUUAAGGUGGUCAUACCCCUUCUAGAACUGAUUUUUAAAGAAAAAUUGAAAAAAAAUUUUUUAUGUUUUUAAGGUACUUUAACUACUGUAGUUUAUGAUAACAUUGCUCAUUUUAUGAAAUAUUUCGUUUAUCCGGGCGAAAAAAGCAAAAAAUUGAUAUUAUUUUGAAAUAAUCUCCUUAGCAACGCCUUAGCAACGAGUUUUCAAGCCAAAUUUGCAUGAAAUACUGCCACAAAACGAGUUCUAUUUCAGUUCUACUUACAACGUUUAAGAGAUUUGGGAUUACUGUUGUUGAGAAGAAGCUGCCAACAUCCGAUUUAAAAGCAGUUAUGAAUCAGGCACAAUAUAUGAAUACACUAACUCAUGCCUCUAUUCCAUAUUUAUUAGGGGUCCAAAUUGAAGAAAAACCUUUCUCUUUAGUUAUGCCGUUUGUUGGUGAUGAGAAUUUGGAAUCAGUAACAAUUCAUAAGUUGUUGCACCAAACCAUACCAAAACAUUUGUUACUUUCCGCAAAAUGAGUGGAUCUCAGUUUUACUUGACAUUGCAGAAGCUCUUUUUUAUGUUCACAUCAAGGGUUUUUUGCACUGUGAUGUCAAGUCAAACAAUGUUCUUGUUACAGGAAAGAAAGGUUUUCUGACAGACUUUGGUAAGGCUUGCUUAAUUUCUAGACCAAAAGCUCGAAAGUACACUUCUUUUUACAACCAUAUUGCCACAGAGGUUUUGCGAGGUCAGCCUGUGAGUACAUCCGGUGACGUUUUUUCGUUUGGGGUAAUCAUAUAUACCAUUGGAAAGAAAUAGCCAAACGCCUGUCUGGAAUCCUUAGGAAGGCAUUGCAAAGAUGCCAAGCCAGCGUCGAGACCAACUAUGCCAGAAGUAAUGAGAAUCUUGAAGGAAAAUGUACAAUGAAGGCUGUAAUUUUGCCAGCAUCUGCACCUAUAUACACAAAUUGCAGAAAUGAAGACGUUAUAACAAACCUGAAUUGCCUGGCAUUAUACAGAGUAAAAUAGCAGAGCCCGGUGCAUUGCCACUAUGUACAUUAGAAAAACUAUUUACAAUGAUCACCCUAUUUUCAUUCUCUAAAUUGCUAAAAUAUAUGUUGUCAAGAGUCUUUCGUCAGGUGUCCAGUGGAAACUAACCCUGUAAAAGUAAAGAUAAAUUAAAAUUAAAAGAUUAAAUUAUAAAUUAAACUAAAUAGAAUACUGUGAAUAGUGGAAACUUAUGUUAUCAUGACUUCGAGUCUUUAGUCAGCAGGUUGUCAAGACCUAGAGUCUUUCGGCAGCCAGUGGAACUGUUUUACAGUAUGGAUAGUAUAAUUAAACAUUUAAUUAAAUGAUAAAUUAAACUAAAUAGUAUGCUGUGAAUAGUGGAAACUUAUGUUGUCAAGACAUCAAGUCUUUAGUCAGCAGGUUGUCAAGACCUAGAGUCUUUCGGCAGCCAGUAGAAACUGUUUUACAGUAUGGAUAGCAUAAUUAAACAUUUUAUUAACUGAUAAAUUAAACUAAAUAGUAUACUGUGAAUAGUGGAAACUUAUGUUGUCAAGACUUCGAGUCUUUAGUAGCCAGUGGAAAAUUAAGGUGCUUGCCUCUUGACAAGUAAAAUUGUUCGGCAUUAAUAGACAGAGUAAAUAAUGUAUUUCACAUUUGACCUAGUCUUUCAGCAGCCAGUGAAAACUGUUUUACAGUACGGAUAGUAUAAAUAAACAUUUAAAUGAUAAAUUAAUUAAGCUUAAUAUUAUACCUGUACUGUAAAUAGGGGAAAGACUUCAAGUCUUUAGUCAGCAAGUUGUCAAGACCUUAGAGUCUUUCAGCAGCCAGUGGAAAAUUAAGGUGCUUGCCCCCUGACAACUAAAAUUGUCCGGCAUUAAUAGACAGAGUAAAUAAUGUAUUUCACGUUUUAAUAUACAGUGUAGUCGUGUUAAGCUGUAAAAAUGCUACAUAUAUUAUGAUAUUGUUUAUACAGUAUACUACACACUGGCACUGCCUGGCACAAAACAAAUGCUUUGGGGAGCUGUAAAAACGCUCUCCUUUUUGCAUUUUCGUGUGAUGUAUUGUUGUUUAAAUUGUUCUCAGAUACUUAAAUUGAAAGAUACUGCCAUUCUGUUAUCAUUUUCUGUUUCUAUAAACAACGCCGCGACGUGAUAUUUUAUGAAACAGCCUUUG